CACUCCAUGCUGCCCCGUCAUGUGCAGAGGCUGGGCAGAGACUGGAUCGCCCACUGGAAUGGUUCUCAGAUGCUCACCUUGAACAGCCGAGUUUCCAGCUGUAUGAGAUGGGCUGGACAGUAUCCCUGGGCCUCGUUUCCACUUCCUGUUCCAGUUGACUUCUCAGCAAACUGGAGGCUCCCUCCGUUUUUUGGACCUUGGAGGCAAUUUCAGAACUCUAACUGGCAGCUUGAUAACUUCACACCAAGUUCUUGCUUUCACCUACCUAACCGCAGUAUGAAAUCUGAGGGAGAAGAACCAUUGACAAAGAAGAGAAGACUCAGUGGCCAGCAUGAUGCUUCAACUCCUGAAGAAGAAACAAACUUCUUAAAUCAGAAGGAAGCAUUGUGUCUUUCUGUAGCACAGAAUGAAGAAAAACAUAGCAGCAAGAAAGGAACCAUCAAAAGACACUGGGAAUAUUUCUGUCAGCACAGUAGAACAAUGAAAAUCUUUGAAAAUAAAGAAACUGACCAAAGCAAUACAGAAAGUGAGGCAAAAUUUGAUUUUACAGUCAUGUCCUACAAUAUCCUCUCACAGAAUUUGUUAGAAGAUAACUCUCACCUGUACAAACACUGCAGGAAACGAUUGUUAAUCUGGACAUACAGAUUUCCCAACAUUCUACAAGAAAUCAAACAGCUGGAUGCAGAUGUACUCUGUUUACAAGAAGUCCAAGAAGACCACUAUAGAACAGAGAUCAAGUCAAGUUUGGAAUCCCUGGGGUAUCACUGUGAGUAUAAAAUGAGGACAGGGAGAAAACCUGAUGGCUGUGCUAUCUGCUUCAAAACUUCCAAAUUUAGCCUGAUCUCAUCAAACCCUGUGGAAUUUUUUCGCCAUGAUAUUCCCCUUUUGGACAGGGACAACGUUGGACUGGUGUUGCUUUUGCAGCCUAGAUUUGACUCUAAAACUAAUGCUCCAAUCUGUAUAGCCAAUACACAUCUGCUGUAUAACCCAAGGCGAGGGGACAUCAAACUGACCCAACUUGCAAUGCUCCUGGCAGAGAUUGCUAGUGUUGCCCCUCAGAAGGAUGGUACCUUCUGUCCAAUUAUCAUCUGUGGUGACUUCAAUUCUGUUCCUGGUUCUCCGUUGUACAGAUUUGUAAAGGAAGGAAAGUUAAAUUAUGAAGGACUUGCUAUAGGGAAGGUCUCUGGACAAGAACAGUUUCCAAGGGGACAAAGAAUCUUAUCUAUUCCAAUUUGGCCAAAAAAAUUAGGUAUUUCGCAAAACUGUGUAUAUGAAAUAAAACAGCAACGAAAAGAAGAAAAUGCAGGAGAAAAAUUGGAAGCAGCAAAACUGGACAACACUCAGGAGAUUGUAAUAGCAUCUGAAAAGUUGUCUUCAAAAUUGCAGCACCAUUUUAAAUUGUCUUCAGUCUAUUCUCAUUACUUUUCUGAAACUGGGAUACCAGAAGUAACAACUUGUCACUCCCGAAGUGCUGUCACUGUGGAUUAUAUUUUCUAUUCUGCAGCAAAUGAUGAUACUGCUGCCCAGCCAGGAGCAGAGGAUUCUUUUCAUGGAGGUCUGAAACUUCUUGGCAGGCUGGCGCUUCUAACAGAGCAAGAUCUUUGGACUGUUAAUGGUCUUCCCAAUGAAAAUAACUCUUCUGACCACCUACCAUUGCUAGCAGAGUUCAGGCUUAUUGAAUGGUAAUAUCCAAAGGACUUCUUGUGUAGGCAAAGUUACCUUCACCUUCUCUCUUCAUGUGAUGAUGAUUAUUAUUUUUUUAAAGGUUAAUUCAAGCACUGCUGGUCCGGUUUAAAUAAGUUUGCAUGCAUGCUGAUUUGUCAGUGUUGUGUAAAGUAGACUUUUUAAAGAGACCUUUUUUUUUAAAUGUUUAAAUUGCUUUAUGAAGUCUUCAAGGAAAAAAGAAAAGAUUUUACAUUAGCUUCCUCUUUGAUAAAGGAGAACAUCUGUGCCAGUCUCAAAAUGGCAUUAUUUUUCACAGAGAUGCUGUAAAUGGUUUUUAUUAUAAAUCGUAGUAAAACAUUAUUCUCUGA